ACAAUUUAUUUUUCCAAAAAAUAAAUUAAUAAAAAAAAGAGGAAGACCAUGCUUGUUUGUCUGUAGGGAGAAGAGAAAGAAACAGAAAGAGAAAAAAGAGGGAAAGAAAAAAAGGCCCCAAAAUAAUAUGGGUAAGAUAGUGGAGAAGAAGAAGAAGAAGAAAGGAAGGCCUUCUCUUUUGGAUCUCCAAAAACGCACCCUUAAAGAACAACAACAACAGCAGCAACAACAGAAUCAACUGAAUAGAAAAAGAAAUGUUUCUGCCCCCCAAAUUACUCCUAAUUACGACUCUGCCACUGCCACUCCUCUCCGUCGAUCCAACCGCCGGAAUCACAAUCAUUCGCCGGAGGAUAACGAUGAGGAAGACGACGAUGACGAAGAAGAAGAAGAAGACGAAGAAGGAGAAGAAUUGGCCGGGAAAAAGCGACGCGAGAAGAAGCUGAAGCUCGUCCUUAAGUUGCCUUCCUCGCAGCAAAAAUCGCCGGUUAAUUCAGAAUCCCGCGGCUCCGGUUCGAAUCUCGAGGAGAGUAACGCGGGUUCGAGCCACAAGAAGAGGAAAAUCAAUUCGAUCGGGGAUGGAUCUGCGGUUGCUGAUUCCAAAAAGGAAGAGAAGUCUGUUUCUGGUGCAAAACCCACAACUAACAGCCAAGGUGGUCAGUUGGAUUCGGGACCCUCAACGGCUUUACCGGAUAAAAAGUUGUUACUAUUCAUCCUAGACAGGCUUCAAAAGAAGGACACUUAUGGCGCGUUUUCGGAGCCAGCGGACCCUAAAGAGCUACCAGACUACCAUGAAGUUAUUGAGCAUCCGAUGGAUUUUGCAACUAUUAGGAAGAAACUUGCUAGCAGUGCUUAUGCCAACUUAGAACAGUUUGAGAAAGAUGUUUUCCUCCUAUGUUCGAAUGCAAUGCAGUAUAAUGCACCUGAUACUAUAUAUUUUCGACAGGCACGAUCCAUACAAGAGCUAGCAAAAAAGAACUUUGAAAAUUUAAGGCAGGAUAGUGAUGAUAAUGAAGCAGAACAAAAGGUGGUACAGAGAGGCAGACCACCAACUAAGAAUUUCAAGAAGCCGCUGGGCAGGCCUUCCUUGGAGGAGCGUUCUGCGCCAGAAUUUUCCUCGGAUGCCACCCUUGCUUCUGGGGCAGAGAACUCCAUGUUGGUCAAUCAUGACAUGAGAAAAGGACUUCUCCCCUCUGACAAGUCUAGUUUUGCAGAUUCAUCUGGAAAAUUUUAUGGUUCUCGCAAUGAUGUUUAUUCUGGCUGGUUUCCUGAAAACAGAUCUGAUAGAAGUGAUGAAGGUACAGGUCAAACACUAGAUGUUUCAGGUUCUAUGUUAAAAGGUUAUAUGAUGAAGCAUGGAAAAAGGAAUUUUGUGCUGGAUGAGAAUAGACGUAACACAUAUAAGCUAUUUCACCCAUCAGUUGCUGCACCUGAGGCAUCUGUGUUGACUACUUUUGAUGGAGAGAGGAAGCAGCUUCUGACUGUGGGGGUAUACUUAGAGCAUGGUUAUACACGAAGCCUAGCUCGAUUUGCUGCAAACCUUGGUCAUGUUGCCUGGAAAAUUGCUUCUAAAAAGAUAGAAAAGUCUUUACCACCUGGAGUAAAUUUUGGUCCUGGAUGGGUUGGGGAAAAUGAUGUUCCAGCACAGAAACCACUGCUACUACCUUCAGUCUCACUUCCACCAGGCCCGCUGACAGCAUCACAGCCCUGCUUUGUUCGUCAAAGUUCCUGUUCUGCUAGUUCUUCUUGCGCCCAGGAGAGAAGAGAAGAUAAACCAUCCGACAAGCCUGAAGCAGAUAAUUUGUCUGAGACACAUGUUCCUUCAAUUCACUCUAUUUCAGGUGGCCAUUUAAGUAAGCCUAUACCUGCAUCUGGCAGUUCCUCUUCAUCCCGUUUGGCUGCUAAUAAAUCUCCUGAAUGCCAGAAUGAAAAGACAGAAUCCAGUGUGGGAUUGACUUCUGGUACUGGUUUUAACAUGACAAACAGCAGUGCAGGAGCAGUUAGGCCGUGGCCUCCCUUCCGGAUUCAUCAAAGUCCUGUAAUUCAUCCUGGCAUGAAUGGACAUAAUGGUGCUUAUGGGUUUAACCUUCCAGCUCAGAUGGCGAAAAUAAUUGGGACUGCCAGGCCUUCUGGGUUCAGUUUCCAGUCAUCUCAGAUGCUUGACACUGUCUCAAGGACUGCCACUAACUUUGUCCAUCCAGGAACUGCAAACUCAAACUCUGAUGACUCUAAAGUUUCAGAAAAUUCAUGUAUAAAGAAUCCCAGCAGUCCCUUACCAAAUUCAGGGUGUGAAAGAGUGGCAUCCCCAAGAUCAGGGCUUCAUCCACAGGCAUCAUGGCAAGGAUUAUCACCACAUCAGAAACCAGACUCAAGGUUGUCACCACAGCAAAAACCAGGCUCAAGGUUGUCACCACAACAGAAACCAGAUUCAGUCCCACCCGACCUGAAUAUCAGAUUUCAGUCUCCUGGGUCACCUAGUUCUAGUCGAGUUGAUUCAGCUCAGCCAGAUUUAGCAUUGCAGCUCUGAGCAUAAUUGAUAUUAUUAAUAUUUUUUCCUCUUUCAAUUAAGUUAACCAUAGGAUGGUUAGUUUCAGAAUUAAUGCUCCUGGUGAGAUAACCAAGCAGGUCCCAUUGACUAGGAGCAGGUAAAGCUACACAUAACUUGUAUUGUAAACGACUAGGUAAUUGUUGUACAUAUCAGUGUAUCCUAAUUUUUAGGUCCAUAAGCAACAUGGUUUCAUUUGUAACAUUGGAAGCCAUCAUGUAGCCUGAAUUCAUUUCUAGACUAGGUGAAGAUAUUUACUCUGUAUUUUAAAAUUUGUUAUGAAGUUUCAUAAAGUAGAUCUAUUAUUCAAUACAUUGCAGUUUGUA